AUGGUGCGUGAGGUGCCGCGCAAGGGGGAGGGCGCGGCGCAGGCGUACACCGUCGCCGCAGAGGGCGAGGGCAAGGAGUGGGAGCCCAUCCGCAUCGUGGUGUCGAUGGAGGAUCUGAGCGACGCAAGUAAAUACUGCACCAAAGAAGACGAAAAGAAACCCAACUUCAAGGGGCAAGAGUUGAAGUGCAGGAAGGAGGAAGUUCUGACCGCGGAUUGGAACAAAACCCUGGUGAACGAGGUCAUCCCCGUGGCUCUCAAGCUGCACGCGGAGCGUCUGCUCGUUCGACGCCUGAAGACCCCGCUGAAGGUGCCCAAGUUCACACAGGAGCAUGGGUUUUGCCAGUACUUCAAGGUCCCCGAAGGGCACCACGAUGCGGGAGUUGAGAAUGCGGACAUGGUGCUCUACGUGGCUGCCAGGUCUAUUUACGGGGCGUGGGGUCUGCCGUGUGCGUUUGGGGCGGAUGGUCGUCCGAUUGCCGGUGCCCUGCACCUGCCGCCUUCUCAACCGUUGUCCGUCAUGCACACCUCUCGCACGGCUGCGCAUGCAAUCGCCCAUGCCCUUGGCUUCGACGCGAAGCAGAUGAAGAAGCACAGCAUGCUGACGACCGUCUCUGCUGUGCGCGGCGGCAGCUCUCCUGUGACGGUGGCGAAGUCUCCCGUGACGCUGAACAAAACGAAGGCACACUACGGCUGCGACAAGCUGCAGGGCAUGGAGCUGCAGGGCUGCGACGGGACGGAGGAAUGCUACUUGUCGUUGCGCAACGCGAAGGACGAGCUGAUGAGCGGCCUUGGCGGGUACACCGCCGGCUACUACACGCGCUGA